AUGACCGACCCCAACCAGAGCAUCGUCGACCCCGUCGCCAACAACGUCCAGCCCGCCAAGGCCGACGACGACGCCAAGAAGGUGUUUGCAGGCAACCUGGCCUUUGCCACAACCGAGGACGACCUCAAGUCGCUCUUCUCCGAGGCCGGAAAGGUCACACACGCUCAGAUCAUCACACGCGGCACCCGUUCGCUCGGCUACGGUUUCGUCACCUUGGCCACCGAGACAGAAGCGCAGACUGCCAUCCAGCUGCUCAACAAGCGCGAGGUCGCCGGUCGCGAGAUCAGCGUCGAGUCGGCAAAGCCGCAGUCGGCUGCCGACGCCGACAAGGCAAAGGCGCGCAAGACGCGCUCCAAGGCCAAGGCCAAGGACUCGACGCGCGCUCCGCGCCGUGCACGUGCCGACGAGGGCGAGGAGGGCGCCGCCGAGGAGGACGCUGCCAAGCAGGCCGGUGUGAACGGCGAGGCGGACAACGCCGACGUCAAGCCGUCCAAGUCGGCCAAGCGCAGGCAGAAGAAGAAGGCGGCGGCGGCGGCGGGUGCAGGUGCCAACGGCGAGUCGGCCGAGGUCGAUGCCAACGCCGAGUCGAGCGACGCCAAGACGCGCGCUCCCAAGCCCAAGCGUGGUCCCAAGGGCGCGCCCACGGGUGAGCUGUCGCCGACGCUGGUGUUUGUGGCCAACGUGGCCUUCUCCACCACCGACGAGUCGCUCAAGGCUGCGUUUGGCGAGUACAAGGUGAAGUCGGCGCACGUGGUCAAGCGCCGCGGCGGCAACCGCUCCAAGGGCUUUGGCUUUGUCGACUUUGAGGACGCCGCCGAGCAGCAGCGCGCCAUGGCCAACGCGCAGAACAUCCAGAUCGACGGCCGCCAGGUGUCGCUCCAGGUGGCCGUGCAGUCGGACAGGCACAACGCAGACGCGGCUGCCGAUGCUGCCGACGCUGCUCCCGCCGCCACCGCCUAG